ACUGUCCGUAUGAAUAUAAAUACCGGGCACAAUGGAUGAUCUUAGCUUGAUCAUAUAGCCGUCCAGAAGCAUAAGAAGUGAGUAAGAGCACUAAUUAAUCCACAUCAAUCACUUUAUUUCAGGUGCGAGAGAAUUAAUGGGAUCAAAGACUACGAUUCAUUUGUAUGGAUUUUCUUGUUUUGAGAUCAAUGAUGAAGCAGUGAAGAAGUUUUUGGAGCAAUAUAGUGGAGAAGGAACUGUGUGUGGUGUUGAGGUCGGUCAGUCAAGGGCACAAGCAAAUGUUCACUUCACAGACUUUGCAAGUGCUGAAAUUAUAUUGUCCAUGGCCAAUGAUCAAGAAUUAUGGCACGGUGAUUCGUGUGUUAAAGCUUGGGAGCUGGGCAUGGAAAAUGUUUCUAAGCCGAAGGCUAUGCCGUGGAGCAUGGAUCAGAACAUAACAUUGUACUUCGGAUGUCAGGUUUCAAAGAAAAUGUUCUCUGUUCUCUGGAAAACAAAGAAUGUGGGCAUGAAACUCAGAACACAACUGCGAAAGCCGUGCCUCUACUUCUAUUUUUCUUAUUCUUCUGCUGAGUAUAAGCUUGAGCUCUCUCAUAAAAGUAUAUGGCAAAUUGAGUUGCACCGCCCAUUGGGACAAACCACAAUGUUUCUUGUCCUUCAGUUACUUGGUGCCCCUCGAAUUUAUAAGCAAGAUGAGUCUGUUGUAAACUACUUUAAGGAUAGCUUUGAUGGCGGCUGGAUCAGGGAUGUUGAUUUCACCCCAUCAUGCUGCAUUGGGCAAUCAUCUGCCAUAUGCUUGGAAAUUCCAACCACUGCUCAUCUUCCGAAUUUGCGCAACAACUUUGUUCACUAUAAAGAAGAUGGAGGUCAAUUUCUUUUGCAGAAAGGUUCUCCUUUCUCCUCCAACUGUGAUCUUGUUCCCAUGGUUCUUCCACCUCAAAAAAUUAACUUGCCAUACAAGAUUUUGUUCAAGAUAAACUCCUUAGUUCAACAAGGAUAUCUCCCUGGAGAGGCACUCAAACUCAAGUUUUUUCAAUUAGUCGAUCCAAAUAGAAUAGAUAUUGAAUACAUAGAGUCUGCGCUUAACAAACUCUUUCAACGGAAAGAAUGCUGCUACGAGCCACAUAAAUGGCUUACUAAACAAUAUAAGAAGUACAAAAAAAGCGGAAGGACUCCUAAAUUGCAUUUAGAUAAAGGAGUCGUGUACAUGCACCAGGUUCAAAUAACACCCACAAAAGUUUAUUUCACUGGCCCUAAGCCUGAGGGAAAACUCUCCAAUAGCGUGUUGUCUAACUAUCCUAAUGAUAUCGAAAACUUUCUUCGUGUCUCUUUUGUCGAUGAAGACUGGGAUAAGAUGCGCAUAAACGAUUUGUGGACAAGUCCAAGUUCUGCAAAUGAAAAAAGGCAUACAACAGUUUAUGAUAGAAUACUUUUUGUUUUGAGAGAAGGAAUAUUUAUUGGUGACAAGAAGUUCGAUUUUCUUGGCUUCACUUCAUGUGAGCUGCAUAAUAUUUCAGCUUUGAUGUUUGCUUCGAGAGAAGGGCUUAGUGCAGAAGAUAUCAAGAAUUGGAUGCUUGGUGUGUUGUUGACAAACUAGUUCUUAUUAAAAUUGUUAAAAGCAAGCAUCAUCAGGUAUCUGAAUAUAUCAUCAGUAGGGAAGUUUGUGUUUCUCUCAUGUGGUUACAGUUACAAAGAGUUCCUCUGUUUCGUGUUAAGCAAAAUAAUUUAAAGUAUUGGGUUGUGAAUCUUAAGAAAAAUGAGUCUCAUACAUAACUAAUACAAUACAUGCAUCUUCACUUGUUGUAUUGUUUAAAAUUAUAAACAUGUUUGUAAGAGUUGCUAAAAUUGUAUGAAUAUAACUGCUGUAAGAAAUGUGCUUAUUUAAGAAAAAUUAUGCUAGGU